AUGGCACGCAAGGGAGACAUUGAUGGCUUUUUAUCCUCUGGGGAAAUCGAUGGGGAGGAAAGUAGAAAAGAUCGCGCAGGGCGAAAAAGAGGCCUGGACGGCAGCGAUCGACAGGCAGAUGCGCAUAGCGCGGCCAAGCGCGCCAAAAGCUCCCACACGCUCCAGGAGUCUCCAAACAUGGCGGCAGCCAUUUUGAUGGAAAACAUUGAGCGACGGAGCCCGGCACAGGGCAGGGAGCGACCCGAGACUGUGUGUCUGAGCGGGUCCGACCUAGCAGCGAGUACUCUAAUAGAGGCUGCCCGGGAACAUGACGGAGAAGCGGAAGGCUCUUCUCACGGAGAUGGCGUCUGCCUCGCAGAAAUUAAGCGUCUUCAGGAAGCUAAUAAGGCUGCCCGGAAAGAGAGACAACUGAUCCUCAAGCAGCAGGAAGAGAUAGAGCGAAUACGCCAGACUACUAUGAAACUGCAAGAAAAACUGAAAUCUGCAGGGGAAAAUAAACUGGAGCAUCGCAGUGAGGAUGAUGCAAAACAAACUCAUUCUUCCAGCCCGCUGCCAACAGAUGUGGAGACCUGUAGCCCUUCUUCUGUCUCCAGCAGUGAGACCAGUAGCAUCAUGCAGAAAUUAAAGAAAAUGCGCAGCCGUAUGGAUGAGAAACACUGCUCUCCUGUUCACUACUUCUUCUCUGUCUUUACGUCUCACCACUGGGCCUCUCUCAGUGUCUGUUUUCCCAACCUCCAUCCCAAAUUCCAGCUGUAUAUCUACAACCAAUUGGUCAGGUUCUUAACAAAGCGAGAGCAAAAACUGAUGCAGCGGCGCCAGCAUGCUGAAGAGCUGCUGCAGUGGAAACGCCGCCUGGAUGCAGAAGAAGCAGAGAUACGUCAGAUAGAGAAACAAGCCUUGGCUGCUUGGGACAAAGAACUGCUCGAAACAAAAGCCAGGAAGAUGGUGGCAGGAAACCAGAACCAUCAGAAAGAAACAGCCAGUGAAGAAGAUUCUUCAGUGCCGCCUUGUUCUCGCUUCAACAGUGGAAGCUCUGUGCCAGAAGAACUGGGCAGUCUAGCUGUUGAGUCUGGCCCAUCAAAGGUCUCCGAGGUCCAAGGGCAGCUGGGAAGCCCAGACCACACUACACUUAUGGAAGAAAUGGUUUAUACGCAGGAAUUUGAAUCUUCUGCCUCACCUGGAAAACUCUCUCCUUCUAAAAGCAACGCGUCCUUGUCAAAGCAAGGGUCCAGCAAAGGGACCCACAGAAAUGGAGGGCAGCAGCAGCAUUUACCAGUAAAAUCCCACGAGGUAUCCUAUAGUUGGUCUGAUGAGUCAUUAUCCAUGACCCAGUCAGAAACCACCUCUGAUCAGAGUGACAUCGAAAGCCGAAUCCGGGCUCUGAAGGAUGAGUUACACAAGAGAAAAUCUGUGGUCUACCAGCUGAAGAAGGAGCAGAAGAAGAGACACAAGGAGAGGCUGAAAGCCCAGGAGGCCAGCUUGAUCAAACAGUUAGAGACUUACGAUGAAUUCAUCAAGAAGACUGAAGCAGAGCUGAGCCAGGAUUUGGAGGCAGCACCGACAGCAAAACCGCAAAUUAAAACUCCAUCUUCUGCUACAGAGAAACCAAAGAUCAAGCCACCUCCACUCCACAGAUCAGAGACAACAAAAAGCUGGAAAUCACUAACUGAUUCGGAACGUUGCAGGGGGUCACUGGAGUCCAUCGCAGAGCACUUCGAUGCUGUAUCACGUUCCGAGAGAUCCGACUCCUCGUAUACAAAGAAAUUCAUUGAGGCAGAGAUUCGGACAGAGGAGCAUUUCCAAGCUCCAUCCCCGGUCCUCAAGGCCCCACAAAAAGCUGGAGCUGAAUCUGGAGAUUCGCUGGAUAAUUUCCCCCCCUUGGCUGUUCUCAGAGAUUUGGUAGACUUGAGCAAAACAUCCCAUGUGUUACUGAACACUUCAGAAGAUGUCACAAGCUGUGAUACUCUUGUUUCCACUAACAGAUCUGUGGUACAAGAGGAGGUAGAUUCUGUAAAAUCAGAAGACUCUGAGCCAAAUGAUACCCACAAGCUUUCUGGAAGAUCCGAUGCUUCUGCUUUGGACACUGAGCAGAAGAGUUCCCCGCCAGUCUUGUUAAAGGCAAGUGCUUGUCCUGAGAUCAGCUUGGCUGUUGCUAGUGUUCAAGAUGGAAAAGAAAUAUCAAAGCAGGAGGAAAGUUACAAGGAUGAAGAGUGUGCUGCAUUGGGCCAGUCCUCUCAGAAGCUGGAUAAGACCUUGCUUUCAGAACACCCGUCUGCUCACACAGAGCCAUGGGACUGUCAUGGUUUUGAGAGAUCUUCAUCAAGAAAACAUAGGUCAGACGAUGGAACACUUCAUACUGAAUCUUACAAGGAUGAUUUUGACACCUCUGCGUCCUCAUUUGGAAAGGACUUUAGGUCACAGGGAGAGAAACCGUGGUAUACAAAAACUCCGAGGAACAGGUCUGCGAGUAUUGGAAGUGACGAGGAAGUAAGUGAAUGUCUCAGCGACAAAGCUCUUUCCAUGGCUUCUAGCAUUCAUUCAGAAAGAUUAUUAAUCCUGAAAUCGCCAACAGAACUGAUGAAAAGUAAAGAACGCAGCGAUGUCGAGGGAGAAUCGGCUCGUCUUGAUGCUUCACUUUGGGCUUGCUCUCCCAAGGCAGAAGAAGAGGGAAACACCCUACAAGAUUUCAGCAUCGGUGACAGAGUCCUUGUCAGCAAUGUCCAGCCAGGGACACUCAGAUUUAAGGGCCUGACCAGUUUUGCUAAAGGGUUUUGGGCUGGUGUGGAGCUGGACAAGCCUGAAGGGAGGAACAGCGGCACUUACGAUGGCAUUAAAUAUUUCGAUUGUAAAGAAAAACAUGGCAUUUUUGCUCCUCCACACAAAAUCUCACGGAUUUCAGAGAGUUUGGGUGACUUCGUAGACACAGAGGGGCACUCUUCCUGCAAGAUCGAGCUAGAUCACAACCACAAAGUAGAUCAGAAGGACAGAGAGAGUCCCCGAGAAGAAGAGGGGAAGAGUGAGGGGGAAAUUGUGAGUGAGAAAUCUCUCCAGGAUAAAUCCCAGAGAAGUGCAUCUGCCCGACAGGAUUCCAUAGCAGAUGGAGAUUAUUUGGAACUCAGUGCCCAAAAAAGCCAAGUUCUUGCUGCUGUUGAAGAAACCCUUGCUGAAGAACAGAGUGUUGUAAAUUCUCUGAGGUCCUCCGGAGAUGACAGCAGGCUCUCGGUUGCCUCCAUUUCUGAUGCCCUUAGCAAAACAUCAGCUGUUGUAGCAGAAGGGGCCUUGGAUGGAAUCAUCCCUGAAACAUGGAAGCAACAGCAGCCUUCUUGGCAGGAAUAUACUGAAAAGUCAGAGAGCCUUUACCCGGGAGUAUUGGAGAAGUCUGCUGCAACUCCCCUCCUGGACUUGCUCACUAAAGAAAGGAGCCAAUUGGAAGCCCAGCUUAGGCUUCCGUCCCAUGAGGAAGAAGAACCCAAAGAUCAACAGGAAAAAGUGGGCUUGUUGACGGACAGCCUCCUCCAGGCGUUUGUGAAGGACACUGUCAAUCAGCUGCAGCAAAUCAGGAAGGUCAGGAACGAGAAGAUUCAGUUUAGUAAUCAAGAACUUGCUGCUGUCCAAGAGCAGGCGUUGGCAGCUGGUGACUUGCAGAGCAUAUUAAUAAGUUCUCAGUUGGAUGAUGGCGAAGAAGUUUCCUCUCCCGACUUGUGUCCCAGACCGGAAAGCCCUGUGUUUGGUGCCAGUGGGCAGGAAGAACUUGCCAAGAGGCUGGCAGAGUUGGAGCUCAGCCGGGAGUUCCUGAGCGUGUUAGGAGAUGACCAAGACUGGUUUGAUGAGGACUUUGGCUUGAGUACCCGUAAGCUCCCUCCAAAGCAAGCUGAAGAAUCAGCCGUGUUGCCGAAGAUAGAGCCUCCCAAAGUGCCCCCCAAGCCAUGUGAAGAGCCCUUAGCUGUCCCGCACACUGCAGAGGAGGUGGAGGACUUGGUGUAUGAGGCAGCCGAGGAGCUGUGGAAGUGCAAAGAGCUGGGGCUUGACCUUCAGGCUGCUGGCUUCCCCAGAGAUCUAAGCGAUUCCCUGAAAGAUGACGACAUCGAAGCCAUCAGCAAACAAAUCUAUAAACAGGCUGUGUUUGACUUAACAAGAGAGAUUUUUGGAGAAAUAUUUGCAGAAGAUCCAAAUUUGAACCAGCCUAUAUGGAUGAAACCCAGCAGGAUCACUUCUACUUACUUCCGUCGAGUAAAAGAUCCUAGCGACAUUGAAGAAAUCAAGAGUUUCAUAGCAACAGAGGUGCUGAAGCUGUUAAAUUUGAAAAAGGAGCCAAAUAAUAAAAUGGACUGGCAGAAAAUGAUCAAAUUUGGACGUAAAAAACGUGACAGAGUGGAUCAUAUACUGGUGCAGGAACUGCAUGAAGAGGAAGCUCAGUGGGUGAAUUACGAUGAGGAUGAGCUGUAUGUGAAGAUGCAACUGGCAGAUGGGAUUUUUGAGGCCUUAAUCAGAGAGACGAUUGAUGUCCUUAACCAGAUCAACGAGAAACAGGAGCGAUUGCUGCCCAUGUGACAGCCAGGAUGGAUGCCUUUUUCAUAGUAGUGCUGCUGCUGCUGCUGGAGCAUAAUAUGAUCUUAAACAUGGCUGAGAAGAGAGAAAGAUGGUGUGACGUCUUCCUCCCACCUUUGAUUUUUAGAGACUUCACCUGGGAUUUGUUCCAAAAAGAGGUGUCCCCCCCCCCAAUUGAUUCUUUAACUGUCUCUUUACAGCCACUGUAUUGUGCGUUACAGAUUCAUUUUGUUAUCCCAGAUAUCCCAUAUAAAAUUCACUGUCAGCAGUGGAAACUUAAGUCAUCAAGUAAACGUUGUCCUUUAUUUAAAUAACUGCUGUUCUAAUCUGGUAUUGGCUGUAAGUUAGUAACUUUGUUAAACAUUUGUAAAGAUUCAUCCUGCAUUUUGAGACCGCAUAGGUCUCUCCCCUCCCCUCCUUCAGUUGUGUUCUGUUUUCCAUUCAUUUCUGUCUUUCCAUCUCAGAACGUGGACCUGGAGACUGUCCGUGGAUUAAUGCAAGUGAAGCCGGGUGGCUCUUGCACCGCCCUCUGGGCAGAACGUGAAGAGCUGGCCCAAAAGUGAAUUUGAGGCCGCCAGUGUUUUAGUUCUUCUCCCAAUGAACCAUCGGCCGCCCCUAAGUAAAUGUGUACUCAGGACUUCUCAGGCCCUCGACACGCAGGAGUUGCUCCUGGCAGGCCUUUGAUCCCGUUCCUCCUCCUCUUGCUUCCCCGCCUGGGGUAACGUGUUGGCAGAGCCACGACUUGAACGUGUUGGGGCUUAGGAGUGUGUGUACCAAAGAGAGCGUGACUCGGGGGGUUGUUUUGUGUGCAUGCAGAAUUUCCUUUUAACUUGUUUUAUCAUUUGUAUGUUAGAAAUACACGUCUAGUGCUGCUCUGGCUGCACUACCUGAUGACUGAAAAUCUGGGAAGGGUGGCCGCAGGAGGACCAUCACUGUCAUUCGGAGAUUUGAAGGGGGGGGGAUCCAUAUCUGAGAAAGAGGAGGCUGUGAAGAGUCAUGCAUGUUUUCCACUGUGGGGCAAAAGGAGUGGCGCAGAGGCAUGGACUUGUGGAGAGAGCGCCUGAAAUGGACUGUGGAAACCUUGCGUCCUCCUCCUCCUCCC